GGCGGCUUCCGCCGCGUUGUGUCUAUGGUUCCCGCGCGGUGCCUUAUGGGCGCUUGGCGGAGUUAUGGUGGUGGGUAGGGCCUGAUUGCGCAGUGGCAGGCGGUGGCGGUUAUUUAAAAUGACGACAGCAGCGAGGCCAACAUUUGAACCUGCAAGAGGAGGAAGAGGAAAAGGUGAAGGAGACUUAAGUCAGUUAUCCAAACAAUAUUCCAGCAGAGACCUUCCUUCUCAUACUAAAAUCAAAUACAGACAGACCACUCAGGAUGCUCCUGAAGAGGUGCGGAACCGUGAUUUCAGAAGGGAGCUCGAGGAGAGAGAGCGGGUUGCUGCAAGAGAAAAGAAUAGAGACAGACCAACUAGAGAACACACAACAUCAUCUUCUGUGUCGAAGAAGCCUCGGCUAGACCAGAUUCCUGCAGCAAAUCUUGAUGCAGAUGAUCCUCUUACUGAUGAAGAUGAUGAAGAUGAGGACUUGGAAGACAGUGAUGAUGAUGACACUGCAGCUCUUCUGGCUGAACUGGAAAAAAUCAAGAAAGAACGAGCUGAGGAACAGGCUCGAAAGGAACAAGAGCAAAAGGCUGAAGAAGAAAGAAUUAGGAUGGAAAACAUUCUGAGUGGUAAUCCACUGCUGAACCUUACCGGCCCAGCACAGCCUCAAGCAAACUUCAAAGUGAAGAGGAGGUGGGAUGAUGAUGUUGUCUUCAAGAAUUGUGCCAAGGGGAUAGAUGAAUCAAAAAAGGACAAAAGAUUCGUGAAUGAUACUCUGCGGUCAGAAUUUCACAAAAAGUUCAUGGAAAAAUAUAUCAAGUAGUACAGUUUUAUGUUCAGUGGUGCUGAAGGACUUGGAAGGUCAUGGUUUCUCCCUCCCUUUUCCUCAGUAUUCAAGACUGAAUACUUGGUCAUGAAUUCCAAAAUGCUUUUCCAAGAUCAUCAACAGCUUCAGAAUUAAUAAUUGCUAUGUAUCUGGAGUUUUUAUUCCUUCAGUAUGUUUUUCUUUUCAGUUUUAAUUAAAUCAGUUUGUGUCUUACGAAUGUUUUUCUGUUCAUGCACGUAUACUUUUAUUGGCUGCCUUGUAAAUGGUAGAAGAGAGAAGCUGGUUUGCAUUAAUACUUCUAAUUGUUUUAAUUGCUUUCAAAAACAAGCAGUAUUUGUAGUGAUAGUGGUUUGUAAGUUAUGCAACUUACAUAAAUGUCAGUAUUAUCAAAGGUGGAAAAUAUCUGAGGAUGAUAAGCAGUGUGAACUGAAAAGAUGUGUACUUUCUGUAGCUAACUGUACUUACUCUUAAUAGCUAGUUAGAAACUUAGCUAGUAAUCUUCAUUUUUAGUUGUUUCUUACUGUCAAUCAAGUUAUACUUUGGGGUAGCUCCAAGUUUUUAGCAGCCCUGCUUUCUGGGCUCUCUUGGCUGAGCACUUCUGGAGCAAUACCAUGUAAUGCUUGGGGGAGCCUUGAGUGGGGAGUGCCCUGUGGAACUGGGAUUUUUUUCCUCAUUAAAAAGCCAUUUCAGUGCUCAGUCCCUCAGCCACAACCACGUGGCUGUGAGGUUCAGUCUGUGUGCGUGAUUCAUUAGUAAUAGUGUUGUCAAACUUGCACGUGAGUUUUUAUUAAACGAGUGAUCUCUUCAAGAUACCAUAGUAUACUUUGUUUACUUACUAAAUGUCCACUUUAACACUUAAUAGGACAGUAUAAAAUAGGAAUGACUGAAAAAAAAUCUCAGUUGUGAAAAAAAAAUUUUCUUUUUCCUUCUGUCAUCUUGGUUGCAUUUGAAAUCUUGGCUAAGUGAUGCACUGGAUAUGAACAUCUGCAAAAUGCAGUAGUUACCUUUACCUAGAUGGCUACAGUGGCAGAACUCCGAUAUGUUUAUGUAAAAUUGUUGCCCUUUUCCUUGCCUGUAUUAUGCUCAGUUUAGUUCAUUCUUACAGACACUGUUUCACAGUAAUAUUAUUAUUUUCAAGCUCUUAAUUUGAAAAUACAUCUGAUUUUAAGAGAGUAAAUGCAGAGCACAGUGUUUUAGAUUUUUUUGUUGGGCAUGACUGUGUGGGUAUCCUGUAAAAGGUUUCAUUAGCUUUAGCUGUAUUUUCCACCCUUUCAUUAAGCUAUGCAUAGUGUACUAAUGCCAGCAGCUAAUACCCAUAUUUACUUGGAAGUGAGAUUUUCAGCAUGCUUAAGGUCAUGUGAGCUCCUACAGCUGCUGGAGGAAUAUGUGUUUGUGUUACUUCUGCUACCUGCCUCAUGAUAGUAAUAAUUCUUGGGAAGCAGAAAAAUGGGUGUAGCUUGUAAUUAUUCUCUCGCUUUAAAGCUCCUAAAGUUGUGGUAUACAGGCAACAUAUUUAGAAGAGGAAAAAAAGUUAAGAGCUGUGCUUGUCAGGGUCUGGCAGUGGAGAGACCAGCUGCUCCUUUAGGUUUGACCUAACCGGCAUAGUUGUCAUGGCAACAACAAAAAAAUACAUUCGUCUCUCAGUAUUACGAGAUACAAUCACUGUGCCAAAGUGAGCAUACAGUUUUAUUGGAGAGGGGGUUGAAACGCCAGUUCAAUGCCUUCAUGAAAUUCAUAAGUGCAUAACGCCAUCGUUCAUGUUCUUGAAGUAAUGUAACUCUUUUCUUAGAGAAGAUAAUACUUAUAGGUCAGAUGGCUGGGGUUGGAUGAGGUCGUGGUCAGAUAUGCAGGCAGUUGUUCUCCACACCUGCAGGAACAUCGCUUUGUUAAACUUUUGCAUAAUACAUAGGUGUACUCAGUCAUUUUUUCCAGCAGGGCUUUCCCUCCCCUGGUUCUGGAGAAAGAGCUGUGGGGACCGUAUAGCUCCGGGCUGCAGCUCUACUUGAGGUUUCGUGUUGACAUUGUUGUUCAGCUCAACCACAGAAUUUGCAGAUCCUAUCUCUAACCUCCCCCUCAAAGCUUUUGUAUUUUCCCUUCUGCAGUGUAAGCUGACCCACAAUCUGAGGACUCAGCAAUACACAAACACAAUAUGAUAAUCAAGGGAUCCCUAGCCUUAUCUCUCGGUGGGUUUUGCAUCACUAACUACUGAGUUUUCUUCAUCAGUACCGGUAAAACUAAAGCCUUCUGUGCUCUUAGUUGGGGAAAAGCCGUGUGCUUUCAGUAUUGAUGCUGUAUUGAUGUUUAAUUUUCUACCGUACUGCUUGUACUUGUCUAGGAGAAGACAAGCAGAUCAUUUGUUUUUGUAAAACUACAGUGUGACUGAAUUCUUAG